AUGGACGAAAAGAAAGCAUUGCUCCCGGCCAAACCUUUGACUCAUGGCAAGUCAAAAUAUACCUUAGUGAUUCAUGGCGGCGCUGGUACCAUGGACCGAAACCGCUCUACGCCAGAAAUCCGUGCGCAAUAUAAGGCAGCGCUCUCCAAGGCACUUCUCGCCGGCUAUGAGGUUUUGAGUGCGGAAGGCGAGGCAAUGGAUGCUGUCGUUGCAGCGGUGACGUCCAUGGAAGAUUGCCCGCUGUUCAACUCGGGUAAGGGCGCGGUUUUCAACGUCGCUGGAAAGAACGAAUUGGAGACGUCUAUCAUGUGCUCCGUUCCGCCUUCUACUCAUCCAUCCAUUCCACCCACUCGGCGUGGUGUAGGAAUUACGCUGAUCACCCACGCGCGCAACCCCUCCCAGCUAGCUCGAGCGUUGUACUUAUCUCCCGAAACGGCCCCACACACUAUGUUCUCUGGGACCGCUGCUGAGACACUUGGUGAAGCCCUCGGUGUGCAGAUGGUAGACGAGAGCUACUUUUGGACGGAGACGCGCUGGCGAGAACACCGUAGGGGUCUUGGACUUCCCGAGGAACCAUUACCGCCGUUCGAGCAUAGCGAUGACAAGAGCCAAAUCCCGCAGGAUCUCUUAGACCAGCUUCCAACAGGAACUGUUGGUGCGGUGGCUUUGGACGUGCGUGGGUGCAUUGCGGCAUGCACAUCAACCGGUGGACGGACGAAUAAGCUUGUUGGCCGUGUUGGCGAUACCCCGCAAAUGGGAGCCGGCUUUUGGGCGGAAGAAUGGAAAGUCAACGGCUGGGUCAGGCGUUCGUGGAGGAAGGUGAGAGGUAAGGACUCUAAGGUCGCUGUCGGAGUGAGUGGUACGGGCGAUGGCGAUUACUAUAUCAGGCUCGCGACGGCCUCCACUAUCGGACGUCGUAUGAGAUACCUUCAUGAGCCGCUGGAUCAAGCAGCUAGGUAUUGUAUAGAAGAAUUGCGUCGAGAUGGAGGGAUUGGCGGCAUCAUCGCUGUGGAUCGACAGGGAAAUAUUGCAAUGCCGCUCAAUUGCGAGGGGAUGUAUAGAGGUGUCGUACGUGAGGAUGGGGUACCGAAGACCGCUAUCUUUGACGAUGACCAACUUGAUUGA